UUCGCAGAGUAAGAAUUUCAUUGUAUGGUGUAACGAACUGUUUACUGUACACAUGACAGUAAACUCUUGAUCUUGACAGGAGACCCCUAAUGACAGCCGGAAACAGAUGUUUCAGUGCACCGUUGGACGCGUCCAUCUGUUGCCAAGACGACAAGCGCCCGCGUUUGUGUUUGUGUCUUGGAAUGAACGACAGGGGGCGCCCCAGGCUCAGAGACGUCGCGUGGCCCGUCCCGCGCUCUCCGCCCCGCCCCCUCGGCCCUCCUCUGACCCGCGGACUGGGACUCCUCCACCCUCCUCUACUCAGGAGUAAGGAAAGAAACGCAGGAACGGCAACAUGGCGCCUUCCCGCGCGCGCAGUCCGUCGCGGGGGACCCGCUGAGCUCACGCGCGUUCCCCUACGCAUACACUGACUGGCGCCACGCGCUCGCCGCACAGCGCGCGCACUCUCGGACCCGCGAGCGGCGGCACUAGCGGAUGCGAGAUCGAUAGCUUACAGCUUUUCUCCAUGUGAGCUGUGUGUUCGGCGGACGGGUGAGAAGCAGCUGGACAAUCCCAGCCAUGUUUGAGGACAAAGGGCACCGCGUGACGGACUACUUUGUGGUUGCCGGGCUGACCGAGAAGUCCACACCCCUGGAUGAUGACCUGUCAGAGAGCAAGUCUAGUGGGCCCAAGGCACCCAUCAUAGAUCUGGCUGUCGUCAACCGCUCGGCAGGCGAGACUGUGCCCGAGGGCUUUACCUGCGUGGACAGCACUCCUGGCGGCCAGCCGGCCAACCUCAACCACGGGAGCCUCAAGAGCCCCGAGCUCUUCCUGUGCUACAAGAGGGGACGCGAGAAACCACCCCUCAUCGACAUUGGGGUGCUCUAUGAGGGAAAAGACCGGCUGAUCCAGGGCUGCGAGGUCAUCCAGACUACGCCGUACGGUCGCUGCGCCAACGUGAACAACAGCUCGGCUACAUCACAGCGCAUCUUCUUCACCUUCCGCCGGGCCCCACCCAUGAGGCCACGGAGGACACUUGUUGUUACUGACAUCUGCAUCAUCAUCGCCAGCAAGGGCGAAACACCGCCACACACCUUCUGCAAGGUGGAGAAGAACCUCAACUGCGGCGUGUGGGGUUCUAGCAUCUUCUUGUGCUACAAGAAGUCUGUCUCCACCUCCAACUCCAUUGCCUACAAAGCAGGCCUGAUCUUCAGGUACCCUAAGGAUGACUACGAGUCCUUCCCUCUCUCCGAGUCAGUGCCGCUGUUCUGUCUGCCCAUGGGAGCCAGGAUCGAAUGCUGGGCCCCCAAUACCCCGUACCCCCUGCCCAUCUUUUCCACCUUCGUCUUAACCAUCUCCUCUGGGGAAAAGGUGUACGGUGCGGCCGUCCAAUUCUACGAGCCAUACCCACUUAAUCUGCUCACUGAGAAGCAGAAGCUUCAACUGGGCCUUCUCACAGUGGUGGACAAGUGCUUGAUUCCCAACCGUUCCGCCAUCACCAAUAGGUGCAUCUGUCUGCUGUCCCGAUGGCCGUUCUUUGAGGCCUUCCGCAAAUUCCUUACGUUCCUCUACAAGCUGUCCAUCUCUGGGCCGCAGCCACUGCCCAUCGAGAAACACAUAUCCCACUUCAUGCACAACGUGCCCUUUCCCUCCCCGCAGAGGCCCAGGAUACUGGUGCAGCUCUCGCCCCAUGAUACCCUGGUGUUCUCCCAGCCCAUAUGCACGCCGCUGCCUCUAAGUGGGGCAGACUUCAGCAGCCUGCUGACCAACCUGGGGGCGGAGAACUGUGCCACACUCCUGCACUUGGUUCUGCUGGAGAACAAGAUCUUGCUGCACUCGCUACGGCCAGACGUGCUGACCGGUGUUGCCGAAGCUCUUGUGGCGAUGAUCUUCCCCUUCCAGUGGCAAUGCCCCUAUAUCCCACUGUGCCCCCUCUCGCUGGCCGGGGUCCUCAACGCCCCAUGCCCUUUCAUUGUGGGUGUGGACUCCCGCUACUUCGACCUGUACGAGCCCCCGGCUGAUGUCGUCUGUGUGGACUUAGACACGAAUACGAUCUACCUGUCUGAGGACAAGAGACAUGGCACAUGGAAGAACCUCCCAAAGAAAUCCUGCAAAAACCUGCUGAAUUCCUUGAAUGGCCUGCGCCAUCUGCUGGCCACGGUCCAUAGGAGUCCCACCAAGGACCUGGCCACGGAGAUGAGCCCCAUCGAUGCAGACUUCACCAGACAUAAGAAGAAGACAGGCUUGGAGAUGGAGAUCCAGGAGGCCUUCCUGCGCUUCAUGGCCUCCACCCUCAGGGGCUAUCGAUCGUACCUCAAACAGAUCACCCAGGCUCCACUGGAGAAAGCCACAGCAGCAGACUCACUCUACGACCUGCAAGGGUUCCUCAAGAGCAAGGAUCGCGCUCACCAGAAAUUCUACUCUCAGCUGACGAAAACACAGAUGUUUAUUCGCUUCGUUGAGGAGCGGACCUUUGUCAGUGACAAGGACACGGGUCUGGCCUUUUUCGACGACUGCCUCGAGAAGCUCUUUCCAUUAGAUGAAGGACCAGACAGGGGAGCCAAGGCUGAGGGGGAGUGUGUGGAGGAGGCCAAGCUCAUUGAGCUGGAUGAGUCCCAGAGGAGCGAGCACACCGUGUUUGUCAUGCCCCCGGAGGCCCCUGCCGAGGAUGGUGCUCAUCCCCCUGCCCUGUACAGGUAUACGAACUUCCCUCACCUAAAGCUGGAGCUGUUUGACCAACCGCGGGAGGUGCGACCGCAGUUGGGCCUGAGGGCAAACGGACCCAGCCUAUGCAACAGCCCCGCCCUUCUGGCUAAGAGGACCAAACAGGAGAUGAAACUGGCCUUCAGGAUGGCACGGCGCUGCCACUCGAACCCCCCACUGUGGGCGCGUUGCCUGUUCAGCCACUGCUACAGCCUGUGGUUCAUCUGUCUGCCGGCCGGGGUGCGAAUUGCCCCCUCUAAGCUGAGAGCCAUGCAGCGGGCCCAGGCUGUGUUACGCAGGAUGAGGAGCAGUGCAGUGGAAGUGCUGGAUGAGGUAUGCUACCGUGUGGUGAUGCAGCUGUGCGGGGUGUGGGGCCUCCCUGUCAUCGCUGUGCAGGCCAUGGUGGAAAUGAAGGAAGCAGGGGUGCGGCCCAAUGCCAUCACCUAUGGGCACUACAACAAGGCCAUCCUGGAGAGCUCCUGGUCCAGUCGAAACCGGAGCGGUUACUUCAUGUGGACGAAACUGCGCAAUGUGGUGCGGGGUGUGGCACAGUUCAAACAGGCCCGUCUGAGGGCGGCCCCUUUGGAAAGACCUUCGCUCACUUCCACAGAGGUGAGAGUGGGUGGGGCAACGAGCAGUGACGGAGACCACAUCAGUCAUGGCAGUGCGGACAGCUCCAGCGACGUCAACGGCGAUGAUCACGCACUCUUUGCUCACCACCUCGUAGUGGGCGAAUCCUCGGACCUUUGCUGCUCUGCAGGUGGUGAGUCAGACACGGGCUAUGGGUUGAAGGAUGAUCUUCACCGGGAUGCACCAGACAGCCCAGAAACGCUACCUCUGUCAGUCUCGGAGCAACCCAGCGAGACCACAGCACAGCUGAACGGAGAAGGCACUUUGGAUGGAGCAUCAAACACUAAAGACACUCUGACCUCAGGGCCCAGAAUUGUGAAACAGCCCAUGGGGGUCCUCGAUGCCAGGAGGGAGAGAAGCUCCUCCCGAGGCACUCCCGAGAAGUUGUUCACCUCAUUGGACAAGAGUUCAGGCAUGGUCCUGCUGGAGGAGUGUGUGGCCACGGACAAGGGUGGAGCUGGGGAGGCGGGGCCCCAUCAGAAGAAGCAGCAUAAGUCACAGCAGAAGGCCUUCUCCGAGCGCAGCUGCAGCUUCAGCGCAGAGUCUCAUACCGGCGUGCUAAGGAAGGGCAGUCUGGAGCUCAAUGUGGACCAGAUGGCUGUCAGCCUGGGAGCUGAUGCCAAGAUCCUGACUGCUGCUUUCUCUGGAGGCAAGACUCCGCCCCCGACCAGCACAGCUGCCUCCUCCUCCAAGGAAGAUAGCCCACGUAGCUCGCAAAAUAAAGAUGGUGAUGCAGCUCAGGAGACUGGAGGGGUGAAAGGUGGGCUACGGGUCCAGGAAGCUGAUGCUGAGAGCACGGGGAGUAACAGGUCCUACUCCAGAGCAGCAGUGAGGGAGGACGUGGAGACUGGCGCUGAUCCCCUGUCACUGCUGGCUUUCGCAAGCACAAAUGUCAUCUCAGACCAGAGCAAAGGGUCCCGUCCCACCCCACCAGAGGUGUCUCGUAAGCUGGCCGAUGAGAUUGAAAUGUACAUGAACUUGACGUGCCCGCUCACCAAGUCUUCUAGCGUGGACCUCCAGAGGGGGGCACCAAAGGACUCCAAGGAGGCAGUGAUGACAGUGGAUUCAGGACCAAGGAAAGCCCUGGAGCGAAGGUCCAGUCUGCCCACGGAUCCAGUGAAGGUCCCUGAAGGAGCGGGCGAAACCCCAAGACGCGGUCAGGCUGUUGCCCGUUCCAAGACGUUUGCCGUGAAGUCAAGGAAUGCGGCGGGUCAGAACCCGCGAAUGUCUUCAUUGACUGCGCUGGUCCGGUCCUCGCAGAGCGGCUCUCUGGGUUCUGUCAUCAACUCGAUCUCUGGCAUCAAGAUGGACAACCUGCUCUCAGGGCCCAAGAUGGAUGUACUGAAGUCUAGCGUGAAGCAGGCGGCCACCGUAGCCAGCAAAGUGUGGGGGGCGGUGGCCUCAGCCUACGCCUACUCUGAUGAUGAGGACGAGCUGGAGCGGACGAGAGGCAACGAGAGCUUCCCGGUCCGGCUGGAAGAGCAGCUGCUAGGAGGAGAUGGAGCCGUUUUGAGCCUGGCGUCCAAUGGGCUGAACCAGAGCCGCAGUAGCCUGGCCAGUAGCAGCAGUAGCAACAACAGCGACGUGGGCAGAACUCCACCAACAGCUGCCAUGACUCCUGGGAGGCUGGGGAGGCAUCCCGAAUCGGAGAGAUCAGAGCAGUCUUCUCUGCACACGAGCUGCUCUAGCAUCAACCAGAGCUGUGCCCUGGAGGUGCUGAUGUCCAGCUGCUCUCGGUGCCUGUCCUGUGAGGCUCUGGUCUAUGACGAGGAGGUCAUGGCUGGUUGGACGGCUGAUGACUCCAACCUCAACACCACUUGCCCUUUCUGUAAGAACGCCUUCCUCCCUCUACUGAGGGUGGAGUUCCGAGAUUUGCGGGGCAGCUUCUUUCUGAAGCCCAGCACAUCAGGGGACAGUAUCCAUAGCAACAGCAUCCCAGUGACCCUGGGGAAAGUGCAGCUGAAGGGUGCAGCACACGCAUCAUCCACAGACCUCAUCCACUUCCCAGAGUCCCCAGUAGAAGGUUCUCGAGAUGCCCCAGAUGCCCAGGCAAACAAACAGAAGAGCUCAGUGCUGGAACUGGUGCAGUCAGACCCCCUGGGGCUCAUGGAGAGGCAGGCUGGGAAACGAGGUGCCUCUCUAACCCGCAGCAACAGUGCAGGUGGGUCUCUACGGAGCCUCGAAUUUGCACAGCAGCCCUCCCAUGGUGUGUCGACCACCAGCCUGCCCAGCAGCCUACAGGAGGCCUCAGUGAGUGUGGAAGCUCCCUCCCAGUUUCACUCAGUUCAAGAUUCUGUGGGGAAGAACAGGGCCAACCCACAGCCCAUUUCUGUGCCCUUCCUGAGCCCCCUAGUGCUGCGCAAGGAGCUGGAGUCCCUCUUGGAGAAUGAGGGAGACCAGGUCAUCCACACACACAAGUUUCUGAGCCAGCACCCCAUCAUCUUCUGGAACCUGGUGUGGUACUUCCGUCGACUGGAUCUGCCCAGCUACCUGCCUGGCCUCAUCCUCACGUCCGAGCACUGCAACAACGGGGUGCAGCUCCCGCUGACCUCCUUGUCCCAGGAUAGCAAGCAGGUUUAUGUGCAGCUGCUGUGGGAUAACAUCAACCUGCACCGGGAGCCCGGCGAGCCGCUCUACCAGCUCUGGAGGAACCUACGCGAGAAGAAGGGGCUUCUGGCCCCUACUGACCACCAGGAGACCAGAACCCUGCUCAACAGCAUUAUCCGGAGCAUCCAGACCAAUGAUCUCUAUGGCCCUAUCAGCCUGCUCCUCCGCGAGAUCAAGAAACAUCCUGAUGUGAAACGUCAAAGGAGUAUCUACAGGGAGGUCCUGUUCCUGUCACUUGUGGCAUUGGGAAGGGAGAACAUUGAUAUUGAGGCCUUCGACAGAGAGUACCAGGAAGCCUUCAAGGAGCUGAGUCCAGAACAGCUCAAAGCUCUGUCCCAGAUUGACCGGCCACCGAGCAGCAGCAUCCAGUGGUGCCUCAAAACCUUCGGAGCCCCUGUGAUCUGACCACAUGUGGUAGCUUCUACCGACUGAGGCAACUACGUACCAAAGGGGGUUCUGGAAACACAGUUUUCACACUUUUUUUUAAAAAAUUCAUGGUACAUUACUACUCACAUACUCAUUAUUUGUCUUCACUUUCAAUUGCAGGACUUGCCAUCACACAUUUGUAAACCAAACACCUCAACUAUAUUGCUUUAUCUUAAUCUAUAGUGAUCAUUUCCUACCUUUUUUGCCCCAAACUGCCAGGAAGUGAAAGACUAAGAAUCCUUUGUGGAAACUUUUAUCACUGUACAUAAGCCUACUUUCAAAGUUUAUUCUAUAUAUGUGUAUAUGUAUAAUUUAAAAAUCUGUACACAUUUUUACUGAUAUUUGCUGGGUGUAGGUCCGUAGUGUAGCUCCAAGGCUCUUGCUGGACUAUAUUUAAACACAAUAACAGGACACACACACUUUGGGCCACAAUGUCACCUCCAUACAUGUCAAAGCCAUCACCCCACAUCCUCCUUGUCUAAAAGGACGAGACUGAAUACAUUUUUGGCACAAGUGUCAAGAUUUUGAAAUAUUAAACAAAUGUGUCUAGAAGUGCAAAUGACUCAUGACCUUACUUCAGAAUCAGACAUUUGUGAAUUCAGCACUCAGUGACUGGUGAAGUGCUGAGUGCCCACCACACACAGCACAACCCAAGAGUGGCUCAGGAUAAAGUUCCUUAGCAGUUAGCCAUUUGCCGAGGGUUCUGGACCCUGUUGUUGUCACCAUUAUGGAGGUACAUUUACAUUUAUUCACUUAGAUGCUUUUCUCCAAAACGACUUACAAUAGAUACUAUGUAGU